GAGAGAGAGAGAGAAACUUGAGGAAAUCAUCAAAGAAGCAAUGGGUAAAGAUCUGAGCAACGAUCAAAUCUCUUCAAUGAAAGAAGCGUUCACUCUCUUCGACACAGAUGGUGAUGGCAAAAUCGCCCCGUCAGAACUAGGUAUCCUAAUGCGUUCAUUGGGUGGCAACCCGACCCAAGCCCAACUCAAAUCCAUAAUCGCUGAAGAGAAACUCAAUUCCCCAUUCGAUUUCAACCGAUUCCUUGAACUCAUGUCGAAACACCUGAAACCUGAACCAUUUGAUCGACAACUUCGUGAUGCGUUUAAGGUAUUGGAUAAGGAUGGAACCGGGUAUGUUGUGGUUGCGGAUCUAAAGCAUAUAUUGACGAGCAUUGGUGAGAAACUUGAGGCUUCGGAGUUUGAUGAGUGGAUCCGUGAGGUUGAUGUUGGAUCAGAUGGAAAGAUUAAGUAUGAGGAUUUCAUUGCCAGGAUGGUUGCCAAGUGAUGAGUAUGACUACCCUUUACCAUUUCAAUCCUUUAAGAAGAUUUUGUUAUUUGCAAUUCAUGCUUCUUCUUUUUUUUUCUUUUUCUAGGAAAUGUUUUAAUCAUGUAUCAUGAUUUAUGUUAACUCAAUUUCUGAUUGCACUUACUCCCUCCGUCCCAAAAUAAAUGUGUUUUAGCUCAUUUCACGCCCACUAUGAAAGACAAUAAAUACAAGGUGUAGAUACUAAGUUACCCCUAUUUAUUAGAUGUUUCUUGAGAAUUGAGCACCAUAAAAGAAGUAGGCAUAGUUGGAAACAAUUACUAUUUUUUGUCUAAAGGGACACUUAUUUUGCCAGGAUGGGGUGACCAAGUGAUUUCGCUUGUGAUUUGAAAUCUGUGGCUGUAAUAUUCAUUGGAUGAAAGCAAGAACCUGACUUUGAGUAAUUUUAGCUUGGUCUUUCAUUUGGCAUGUUCAAGUGCAUCUAAUUUGCAAUUUCCUAGGAUUGAUUUCGCUGUUUUUCACUUGUUAUUGUCAUUGAACAAUUUGUUAUUCAGAUGUUAUCCUGUAUGUGGUUUUUGGCAUGCUGAGACCCAUAAUCAUCUAGAACCUAAAAGUACAGUUGCUUCUUCCUUGGUGUAUAGUUUAGACGCUGUGUAACUUAAACUCGUCUUUUCAGUGUUUCUACUUUCGUUUA